UGGAUCACUUACCUGAGCCUCUGAGUCCUAUGGCACAAUCCCUGGACAGCUCUUCCUUCUGGUUACACGUCCUUAUUGUUUUAGAGUUUGAAGUUCCUGUCCCUCAUUUGCACCUCAUCUCUUGCAUUAAGUCCCUUCUUUCAAUCCCACGCUUCGACUCUAUACUGGUUAGAGACGGGAGUGGAGACAGAAGAUGGGAACGGGUUGAAGUGAAGCUGGAGGACCAUAUCAUUGAACCAACAAUUUCCUGGGAAUCCAUGUCAGAGGAUGAAUAUGCCAAAUGCUUCAGUGAUUAUUUAUCUCACAUAUCAACGCCGCAGCUACCUCAUUCGAAACCAUUAUGGGAAGUUCAUGUGAUCAACAGCUCCAUUACCACUUUAGUUUUGAAAGUUCAUCACUCCAUUGGAGAUGGCUACACUCUCAUGAGUGUCCUUCUCUCUUGGCUCAAAAGAGCUGAUGAUCCCUCUUCCCCCGUGACUUUUCCUUCACUACUCAAGUCAUCGAAAACAAUGACACUUUCUGAUCAACCCUUUCUUAGCAGAAUUCCCAGUUUCGUGCCCAAUAUCUACACUUCUAUAAAAGAUUUCGGGUGGAGCUUACUCAAGAGCACUCACGAUGAAGAUGACAAAACACCCAUAAGAUCUGGACAAGAAGGAGUCGAGUUUCAACCCGCUACCUUGUCCAGUAUCACAUUCCCAGUUGAUCAUAUAAAAAAUAUCAAGUCCAAGCUUGGAGUGACAGUAAAUGAUGUGCUCACCGGAAUAAUUUCCUACGCGAUUCGGUUAUACAUGCAAGAUGUUGAUUACAGUUCAAGAACCAAAAAGUGCACCCUGCUGCCAAUGUUGAAUAUGAGAAAUGUUGAGAGUUACGAGACGAAGGAGAAUAAUAUGAGAACGGGGAUAGACAGGAAGGGUACUUGGGGGAACAAAUUCACCUACACGCAUGUACCAGUUCCGGAAUUGACAGACACCCUUGUUUCCGAUCCGCUUCAAUUUGUUUGGGAAGCUCAUCAUUCUAUGAAGAUGAAGAAGAGAGGCCAUUUGGUUUAUUCUCUCCUUUCUAUGUUUCUACAGAUGGAGCAUGAAUUCAGUGGCCCUGAGGCAGUGGGUAAACACUUUCAUAAGACGAUGAGAAACUCAAGUGUACUGAUAUCAAACAUGGUCGGACCCUCGGAUCAACUAGCUAUGGCUCAUUUCCCCAUAAAAAGCUUAUACUUUACCUUGUCCGGCGUACCUCAGAGUCUGGUUAUUACCAUAACAAGCUAUAUGGGAAUAUUAAGGGUGACAACAAGAGCAGAAGAAGGAUUUAUGGAUCAGAAGAAAUUAGCGUCGUACGUGAAUUAUGCCUUUGAAAUGAUCCACAAAGCAGCAAUGGAGAUUCCCUACAAAACCAAGUUGUAGAAAUAGCUAUGCUAAUCCUUCACGAACUGCGAAGAUUUAAGAGGGCUGUUGCGUUUCUUCGGCAAAUAAAACGCCAGAUGUGGCUCUGCCUGUGUCUGUUUCUAUAUCUAUUAUUUGUGUCAUGUCUUGUGUUUAGGUAAUGUGGUCUUCCCCCCGAAAAUGCACGCAAGGGAUAUGUCUUCAUUUAAUCCACGUAAUAGUUACUAGUAGUAUUUAUGAUUUGUCAGUUGCAGCAAUAAAUAAAACUUCCUUUGCUCCUUGAGCCAU